CGUUAAACGGAGCACGAUACCCUCUGCUCCGUUCUGCGAGUCAGCUUCCCCGAUGAUCGGCGACGACGCUGAGAAACGCUGAGCUACGUCAUACAGUACUCGGCAUUACGCAGCACCGCGGUGGGGUAAAGUCUCGAGAUAAGCGGCAGAGUGGUAGUGAUGUGAAACAUUCGUGGGUCGGGGCUGGUUGGCAGGCAGGCAAGCAGGCAAGCAGGCAGGCAGGCAGGCAGGCAGGCAAGCAGGCAAGCAGGCAGGCCGAGGGAGCGGUACGGUGGAAGUUAGGUGCGAGACGCGGAGCAAGAGCGGAGGAACGGCACGGCGCGGCGCGGUUUCGGCUUCUCGGCAUCGGCUUCGGAAAUGGCCGCGGGAAAGUAGAGAGCGGAGCGUUUUCGUCGCUGGCUGACAGGCUGGUUGGUUGGUCGGUCGGUCGGUUGAUCGGUCGGUCGAUCGGUUGGUUGGUUGGUUGGUUGACCGGGUUGGAUCGGUUGGUGUCCGGGUCGGACGCGGUUCAAGUUUUCGGAGCACCGAGCGCUCGUUUGUCCGGCCGCAUCGGGGGCGCGCGAUCGAUUCACCAGACGAUCUCGGAUCAUCAGCGUGAAAUGUGAGAUGCGAGCGCAUCACCGAGGCGACCUGAGGACGACGACGACGACGACGACGACGACAACGAUAUUGGGAAACGGAAACGACCUCGACGGAGAAACGGAGGAGCGGAAGACGGUUUGCAGGGAACGAGUCUUCGCCGAGAAGGAGAGGAUGGCCGGCGACGACGGGACGACGACAAUGAUGACGACGACGACGACGACGACGAUGAUGAACAAUGAGAUCCUCGAGGCGGAAGGUGGGGAAGAGGGGCAGGGUACGUCAGAGCGAGGGGAACUGCAUUCCAGAGUGGGCGGCAUUCUGGAAUGCGAUCCCCCCGGUAACAGGAAUUCGUCGAACGAGCGAGCUGCCGCCACCGCCACCACUGCCACCGUCGUCGCCGUUGCUGACAACGAGGACGGGAUCUGCCGAUAUGCGGUCGGCGCUGCUCACCGCGCUAUGUCUUUCUUCGAGAUGUGCCAGAUUCGGCUCCAAUAUCUCUUCCCACAACUGGCACCACCCCCACGUUAUAAUAUCCACGACGAUUCUAUAGAAUCGACUGCGGAGAUCCUGGCCAAUGAUGUAAUCCGGUAUUUAUUGAAGGAGGAUAUCUAUCUUAUAUCUCAGGAUCCAGUUUCCCGCAGCAUGAGGCACAACGUAUAUCAAAUGCUCAACAAACAUAGCAUUCUCUUCACUAGUAUGGUGAAUCGUUUAAACGUCGUUCCAGACACCGCCUAUGAAACAUUCAUGGGUGUUGCCAACGAGUUGUUCUUACACGACGUUUAUACCUGGGCUAGAAUCGUCUGCUUAUAUGCUUUUAUGGGCAGACUGGCUUUGUGGGCCAGAGACAGAAGGAUGCACAGUCUUAAAAAGAAAUUGCCAUUGUAUGUCUCUAGAUACGUUGGCGAAAAAAUAACGCACUUCAUCAAAGGCUACGGCGGAUGGGAACAAUUGUGUGUCGAAUAUCCCGUGGCCGAGGAAGUCAGCGGAGCGGUUUGGCGAAGUUUAUUAAUGACGGGAGCCACACUUGGUUUGAUCGCCACGAUCUUGUCGGUCACUUCCUGAUGGAACCUCAGGAUGGAACCGUGCGACCUGAGUACGUUUUGUCCAAAAAACUUUCGCGUACUUACGUUCUACGAGAACACACUCGAAAGAAGAAUGUAAAGAGAUUUUUUUUAUAACGUACGCACAAUGUUACAAUAUUUAACAUUGGACAUCAGAAUUCGGAUUCGAUUGAAAUGGAGCGCUUGCUACGUCUACAGGAACAUGGCAAAUUAACAAAAGAUACAUCAACGCAUGUUGACACACAUAAUUUUCAUAUCAAUGUCACUCGGCUUAGAAUCCUACUUUUUAUAUAACUCCAGCGAGCAUACAUAGCAUGAGCGACAGACAAUGACGCUAGUUUCCUAUUUACAAUACCUUAUAACAGACUAGUGAAAUUAGUAGGCAGAAUAUCUUAUUUAAUUCUAUAAUAGACAUUUUAUAUUAAAGUAAUUCCUAAUAAUAAUACUCAAAAUUGAAAACUUUUAGAAAUUUAUGGAAUCAAGAAACAAGAAUCUCAAAAUUGUAUUUGUAUUGAAUUUAGGUAGACGCAAUCUAUUUAUUUAUAAUUUAUUUUAGGUAGAGAAUAUAAUUAAAUAAUAAAUUUUUUUCGAAUAUCCUUGAUCAUAGAACCGAUCGCAACCACGCAUUUUUAAAGUUUAAGGGAUAUAUGUAAUACCGACGAAAAAAGAAAACGAUGGCUACGAGCUAUACCAUCAUGUAUAUUCAAAUAAUGGCAUACUUUUUUAUAUGUUGAUAUAUUCUAUUACACUUGCAAAAAUUUUAUAUGCAUAUUCAAAAUAAAUACUUUUAUAAAAUAACGAUCGUUCUCCUGUAAUCAUUAUUGAAAACAAGAGAAAGAGAUUUAAAACUACCUACUGCAAAGAUAAUCGUCGAUCAAUUCUCUCGUAAUUCCAGAAAAUUUAAUGGAAUUUCUUAUCUUUUGAUCCCAUCAAUAUUAAAAUAGAUAGAUAUGUAUAUUCGUAAUUGCUACAAAAUUAAUAAAAUCUCAUACAUUGUCAAGUAUUGUACUAUCAAUGGAAAUUUACAGGGUGUAGAGCACAAGUUAAUGUUAUGCAAAUUUAAAUAUAGUUUUAUGAAGCGAUUAUAUUACUACAAAUAAAAGUCCCUCGUAAAAUAAUACAAAGACUUAUUUACAUGUUGUAAGUGUUUUUGUUUUCUUGGAAGACAUCGAGUCAACAUCGUUAGAGCAUCUUUAAUGUAUCAUAAAUUAUAAUAAGUUGAUAAGUUUUAAUAUACUGUUGCGUGUAUCGUGACAAUGGGGAUCGAUCUUAAUUGCUACGAAAUACUGUAAGUGACGUACUUUUGAUGUAUAUGUUUGCAAAUAAUCAAAAAUAUUAACUUCA